UGCCCGGUCCUGUCCGCUGGGGAGUUUCCCUCAUUUUACAAAAAGGAGAAUGAAAUCUCUGUGGCUUUUUCUUUCCUUGUUCUCCGCCUUCACCUGUGUCAUCUCUCAGGUGCAGCUGGUCCAGUCCGGCCCGGGGGCGGUGAAGCCUGGAGAGACCCUCGCACUGACCUGCAUUGUCUCGGGUGUUUCCAUCACUAGCAGCAGCUACGCCUGGAACUGGGUCCGGCAGCCCCCCGGGAAAGGGCUGGAGUGGGUAGCACGUAUAUACCCACACGAUGGGAGAAAGUGGUUUGCCGCAUCUCUCCAAAGCCGGACCACCAUCUCUUCGGACACCUCCAAGAACCAGUUCUCCCUGCAGCUGGCCUCCCUCACAGCUGCAGACACCGCCACGUAUUACUGUGCCAGAGACACACAGCGACACAGAGCAAAGCGGGGCUGGUACAAAAAGGGGAAGCGGAUUGAGCCCCAGUCUCUCCACAGACGCAGAACUGCCCGGUCCUGCCCGCUGGGGAGUUCCCCUCAUUACAUGAAAACAAGAAUGAAAUUUCUGUUGCUUUUCCUUUCCCUGUUCUCCGCCCCCACCUGUGAGUGUGUCCUCUGUCAGGUGCAGCUGGUCCAGUCCGGCCCAGGAGCGGCGAAGCCAGGAGAGACCCUCACCCUGACCUGUGCUGUCUCCAGGUUCUCCAUCACUACUCAGUAUUACGUUUGGCACUGGAUCCGGCAGCCCCCCGGGAAAGAGCUGGAGUGGAUGGGGUAUGUGUACCCAUAUAACAGCGGGGAGACAGGCUACGCCCCGUCUCUCCAAGCCCGAAUCACCAUCUCUGCAGACACCGCCAAGAACCAGUUCUCCCUGCAGCUCCGCUCGCUGACAGCUGCAGACACCGCCACCUAUUACUGCGCCAGGAGAGACACAGUGACACAGAGCAGAGCAGGGACUGGCACAAAAAGGGGAAGCGGUUUCCAAAUAGGGUAUUGGGAGCCCCUCACCCUGACCUGCGCUGUCUCUGGGUUCUCCAUUAGCAGCAGCGGCUACAGCUGGGAUUGGGUCCGGCAGCCCCCCGGGAAAGGGCUGGAGUGGAUGGGAUAUGUGUAUCCUCAGGCCGGGACCACAGGCUCUGCCCCGUCUCUCCAGGGCCGAGUCACCAUCUCUGCAGAGCCUGCCAAGAACCAGGUCUCCCUGCAGCUCCGCUCGCUGACAGCUGCAGACACCGCCACCUAUUACUGCGCCAGAAACACACACAGUGACACAGAGCAAAGCAGGGACUGGUAG